AUGGCAAAUUUAACUUCGUCAUUUGAAAUUAUCCGAUUCACAAAUGUUGCUUUUGGAAAAGUAUUAACCAUCCAAGGAAAUAUGAUAAGCAACAAUGUUUAUUCUCAAACAUCUUUUUUUGGAUUGUAUGCAAGUAUUGACAAAAUUCCAACAAAAAAAGAAUAUCAGUUUUACAUUCCCUUGAAUAAGAACUUUUCUACUUUUUCAAAAGGAAGUGAGCAUACUUUUUAUUUUGGGAUUAGUGGACCUGCAUUGUCAAGUGAUGUUCUCACCUAUGUGUUGAAUGUUGAUAUUCAUGCCCCCAAUGAGAUGCCACAGAGUAUUUUGUCGAUCAUUUUGACAAGCAGUAUUGUUAUCCUCAUUCUUGUGAUUUCAACAUUUUUGAUACAGACUGGAAUUUCAAUAUCGAUUGUGUUAGGAGUUGACUUUUGUUCGGUGUGCAGAAAACGAAAGAAACAUGGAUAUGCACAGAUUGAUAGCGUCUCCAUACAGCAACAAGAAUAG